AUGAUGUCGCCGCACACGAUCCCUUCUAACAUGCGAGCGGCGGUCAUUGAGGAAUUCAAAAAGCCAUAUCGAUUCAGAGAAAUCCCAACCCCGACAGAACCAACCGGCCGUGACCUACUCGUUAAAGUCUUAGCGGCUUCCUACUGUCACACAGAUGCAGUAUUGGUUGAAGGCAAGAUGUCUCAAGAUCUGCCACGGAUAGGAUGCCACGAAUUCGCAGGUCGUGUCGUAGCCUCAGGUCCAGAUGUUUCGAAGGAUCUCCACAUUGCAAUCGGCGACGAAGUCGGAGUUCCUGGCCGAGCGUACCACCCUUGCGGAGCCUGCAAUGAAUGUACCCUGGAUCAUGACGAUCCUGUGGGUUACUCGCCAUAUUGCCCUACGGCGAAAAAUCUUGGGCUUACGAUGGACGGCGGAUUCUGCGAAUACGCUUUGGUUGACAGCCGGCAAGUUGCACCUAUUCCGGAAGGUAUGACAGCUUUAGAGGCAGCACCUCUUAUGUGCGCCGGACUGACCAUAUGGUCUGCGCUUGACCGCGUCAAAGAGGCCACCACCAUUGCGAUAAUUGGUGCAGGUGGUGGACUUGGCCAUCUGGGCGUUCAGUUUUCGGCUCACCUUGGAAAGCGAACAGUCGCCGUAGAUAGAGGCGAGAAGCCUCUGAAGCUGUUGAAAAAUGUAAUUGAUCGGAUGGACCCUUCAACACCGGGGAGCACAGUGCUAGUAGACUCUCUUGUACAUAACCCAAAAGACGUGGUACAAGAUGUCAUAGGUGGUGGAGUCGAAGCUGUGAUAUUUCUACCAGAGUCUCAGGCUGCCUUUGAUUAUGGUAUGCAGCUACUGAGAAACCACGGUACUAUUGUAGUGGUCAGCUUUCCCGAUGAGCUAAUAUUCAGCGCCAAAGAUUUAGUUUUUCGAGAUAUCAAGGUCAUUGGAAGCUUGGUGGGACGCAACCAUCAGCUGAGACAAAUGCUUAAUUUCGCUGCCAAACAUAAAAUCAAGGCAGUCACGACACUAUAUGCUUUGGAGGAUUUGAAUGAGCUUGCCAAUCAACACCGUGCUGGGAUGGGCGGGAAACUUGUCGUUGACAUGAACCAAGCAGGCAACAGUGGGAAGCCUCUUAUCUAA